AUGGACUCGACGGCACCGCCCGCGAUGGACGCUCAGGGUGCGCCGCAGCACCACGCCUACGACCCGCGCAACAAUGGCCUCACGCGACAGCCCACCGACCCCCUAGACACGCUCUCGCCGCCCAGGUCGCAGAGCCUCACGCCGCAGGACCGCACAGACGCCCCCGUGCGCUCCAUGACAGACCCCAUACACAACGAACAGCAGACGCAGCCACCCCAACCGAAGCGCAGCGCGAAGACCUGCGGCAAGUGCGGCGAGGGACUGACUGGCCAGUUCGUCAGAGCAUUGGGUGGCACAUACCAUCUGGAAUGCUUCACCUGCCAUGAUUGCGGCAAGAUCGUAGCCUCCAAGUUCUUCCCCGUCCCCGAGAAGCCCCCGGGGCAGUACCCGCUCUGCGAGACGGACUACUUCCGCCGACUCGACCUGCUGUGCCACGAAUGCGGUCAGGCCCUCCGCGGGUCUUACAUCACCGCGCUGGAGCGCAAAUACCACAUCGAGCACUUUACCUGCUCCGUGUGUCCCACUGUGUUCGGGGCGUCAGACAGCUACUACGAGCACGAGGGCAGCGUCUACUGCCAUUACCACUACUCGACCACAUUUGCGCAACGGUGCAAUGGCUGCCAGACUUCGAUCCUCAAACAGUUCGUCGAAAUCUACCGCAACGGGCAGAACCAACAUUGGCAUCCGGAGUGCUACAUGAUCCACAAGUACUGGAACGUGCGACUGCAUUCGACCGGCCAGCCCGUGAUUGAGAGCAUGCAGGCUGCUGAAGGCGACGCUACAGAUGCCAUCCGCGAAAACGUACGGCAGCAGGAAGAGGAGAUCGAAGCCAAGGUCAACUGGAUCUGGAAGACGCUGUCAGCGUUCGAGGAGAAGUCUGCGACAUGCAUCUCCGACAUGCUACUGCACGUCAGCAAUGGCGCCUAUGUUGACGGCGUCAUGGCAGCCAAGAAGUUCAUCAUCCACGUCGAACUGCUGUUCAACGCAGCCGACGACCUCGAUGCGCAGCUGGUCGCCAAGACACCCAAAGGCCUGACGUACUCGCGUGAGGCGAAGCUGCUCUGCAAGAAAGUGGUCGCGUUCUUCUCGCUCCUCACACAGUCCCAAGGGACGGGCGUUCGCCGCCUUGGCGUCACCCAAGAGCUUCUUUCUCUGGUCACUGGACUUGCUCACUACCUCAAGCUGCUGAUCCGCAUCUGUUUGCAAGGUGCUCUGAAGUUGGAGCGCGAGACAAGAAGCUCGAGCGGGCUCACAAACUUCCUCUCACAGGUCAACUCCCUAGACGCAAAGCUUGAAGAGGAGGCUUCGAAAGACCAGUCAGCCGAAGCAGCGAUCCUCAUCCCACGAUGGGCAGACGCAUGUCCCAUCUGUGACCUCCAGGUCGAAGACAAAUGUCUGCACCUCGACAACAUGUCCUUCAACUACAGCUGCAUGGUCUGUCGCAGUUGCAACGCAGACCUACGCCACGACGUCCGACAAGCGUACUGGAGCCCGUCCUCGAAACGUGUCUUCUGUCCCGCAUGCGCAGCAGCACAGCCAGACGCAGAGAACGGCUUCCGUCACGUUAGCAAACUACGACAGUACGUCCACCUUCUCAAGGUGGCUCAUGCUCGCCUAAUGGCUACCCUGCGUUCCAGUGGUGCGCUGCCUCACACAUCCGAUGACCCUAACUUGACAGGCUAUGAUUCGUCCGUUGGACACCGGAUGGACAACAACGGUACUGCACUUGCACCUCCUCACCUGCGAGCUGAUGCUAGAUCAAAGUCCUACAAUGGCUCUGACACAAACUCUACUGGUCAGGGUAGUUCGAACGCUGCGUACGAGCAGUCCAUGUCUGACAUCAAGCGCCUGCGAUCCACCCGUCUGGACAAGCACCUCUCCAACACCAUGAAGCGAGCUCGCGCAUCGAGAAUCAUUGACGGCACAGAGGGCUACGAAGCCGGUGCCAACACUGAGAUGCGAGGUGGCAUGCAGAUUGUGAAUGAGCGCGACCAAGUCGACAUGGACAGUGCCACCCUUGCCGUCAACUCGCUUGCUCUGGACGACAUCGCCCGCAUGGCCGCCAUGGAACAGCAGCGUGAGCAAAGACCCAACGCCUUCCGCGCAGGCGGUACGGCACUACUUGGGCAAGACCAUGCAAAGGUGCGCCAUGGUCAUCGUCGGGAUUUCUCCGGCGGCCAAGAGCUGAACAACAUUGGCGAUGGCCGCGCCCGUACCUUCUUCUCCGAACUGUCUCCCCUUGAAUACUUCAAAUUGAAGGGUCUUGCUGUGCUGCAACUCGGCCUGCUCCUCGACGACAAUCAGUACAACCAGGAAGAUUUGCUUGACCUCAUCGAAUCAAAGAAGAACAACUUCUGGGGCAAGAUUGGCUUCGGCAAGGCCAAAGGGAAACCCAAGAAGCCUUCAACGGUCGAGAAACCGGCAUCCGACAAUGCCACCUUCAAGCAGUCGUUGGAAUGGCUAGUCGAGAAGAAGGGCUGCGAGUGCACAGAGGGCGUUGGACCAGGAGCACUCAAGGUCCCAGCGCUACUCCAAGACGCCAUUACCGCCAUGAGGAAUAUGGACAUGUCAAUCGAGGGUGUCUUCCGAAAGAACGGCAAUCUGAAGGCGCUACGAGAGCUCGAGGUCGAAGUGGACCAGAAGGGUGUAGAACAAGUCGACCUUAGUUCAAAAAACCCGGUCAUCCUCGCCAAUCUUCUCAAACGCUUCCUGCGCGUAAUGCCGGAUCCGGUAUUGACAUUGAAGCUGUACAGGCUGUUCAUGACAGCCAAUGACAUUGAGGAUGAAGAGAAGAGAAAAAAGGUACUUCAUCUGGUCUUGUGCCUGUUACCUAAAGCCCACCGCGAUACGAUGGAGGUCCUGUUCUGCUUCCUCAACUGGGUGUCCUCCUUCCAUACCGUCGACGAAGAGUCGGGUAACAAGAUGGACACGUGGAACAUCGCCACCGUGAUCGCUCCAAACAUUCUGCGUGAAAGCAACGACAAGGAAGUCCGCAGCGUCGACCAGGGUGCGGUCAAGGUUGUCUUCGAUCUCAUCGAAAACAACGAUGAGUUCUCCGAGGUGCCUCCUGAGAUCAUGGAAUUACUCAGCGACGACAGCGCAACCGACAUGAGCGCCAAGGAGAUCAUGCGUCGUUGGGAACAGCGAGGGAAAGACCCCAGUGCCGCUGCCCUCGCAACAUCGCCGAAGAACCAAGGCGGCAUUGCAAAGCGAAAAGACGAGCGAAAUGCUCCUCAGAUCACAGACGCGGACAACAACCCUACCGCGUUGGCAAGCGAGUCGUCGUCGGUACGACACAUCGCAAACGCUGGUGCCAACAAGAACAUCUCGCCCUCGCGUCACCACGACAUGGGCGCACCCAACCCGCCUUACGGCCAGAACCCACAGGCUUCGGCGGAGAGCCAUCGUACCGCAUCACCGCAUCGGCAUAGCUACCGCUCACCGCAGUACCAAAAACAGCAGCAGAUCAGCACCACAGGAGCAGGGUGAGUGCAACCCAUUGGACCUUACAAUUGGAGUGCUUGGCGUUUAGCGUGUUCUGCCUUCUUUCUUCGACAUGGCGUGGCAUGGUGGAGAGCUCGCAUCAUGCACAGCAAAACGAAGU